CACAGAGGAAAUUUCCUGACGUUUCUGACAGCUUUGACAGUCAUUUGUUUUGCAACAAACAGAUUUUUUUAACCAAUUCAGUGAAACAGCAAGAAAUGAUGCAAUGUGAUGUAAAACCAAUUAUUCCGCUAUGAAGUCAAAAUCGCCGGCCCAAUCUCAGUCGCAGGCUCAUUCAUCGUCAUUUGAGACACCAAAGAAGAGGAUCUCAACUUCUGUUGACGGCUGUAGGCGCAAUUUAGAAGAUGAGUUAGAAACACCAAAACACAAAAGGCGGUCAUCGACGAAAAAGUCGCAACGAAAGCGACGACCCAGUGAAAGUGAUGAAGAAAAAAUUGAUAAAAAAACGGAGGAAAAUAUUCAACAGGUCGCACUGAAGAAUAAUUUAACGGAGGAAGCCGUGAAAAAAAUUCUGAAGAAAGUCGUGGGCAACGAUCACGUGUUGGCCAUAGUUAAAUUGAAGGAAGAAGAAAUGGAGAGACACAGUCUAUCAGUACACUUAACCAAUGACGACGAUGACGAGGAUCACGACGAUAUGGAACAUGCGCCAAAAAUUACACGAUCUAAAGCAAAAGUUCUGAACAAAAAAAUUCUUCCUAUCACAGCACCAUCAGAACCUUCCGAAGCAUCGAUUUUGAUACAACAAGAACUUGGUUCUGACGAUGAGGAUGAAGAAUAUGAGCCAGGAAAUGAUGGCCACUCAGAUGACGAACAUAAUUCGUCCGUAUCGGACAUGGACUCUCAGCCGCGAACACCCAGAACACCUUACGCUGCCGAAGAAGACUCACCAACUAAAUAUACCGUCGAUGGAGUUUUCAAAAUACCCAGAGAUCGUAACGACAGCUCAACAUCGUUGAACGAUCAAGACUAUAUUAUUGCCAAACGUACCAGGUCUAAAGUGUCGCUGGCAACCACUUCGAUCGAAACAAUCGAAUCAACUUUCCAGCCGCCCGAUAUUCCGCCAGACAUGUAUGAGGGAGACAAUGAAUUGGAUACAGACUGGCUGGAAUUUCUGAAUGUUCUCACCAAACCGAUUAAUCAAACCGUUGAGGAUGAUGACGAAACCGAUCCCGAGUACGUGGCAGUAGCCGAUAAAAUACCAAUUGACAAAGAAGAGUUGCGCGAAGUGAACAUCUCCAAAAAAGAAUUGAGUGAUCUGGUGGACGAGUUAUUUUCCAAUCUAAGCGACGUUGACUUUGACGAGAUAAACAAGUACGACAUUUACCCCGAGCUGUUUCGAACUAAACAAAAACCCAACAAAGGCGACACCAGUCAAGAACUGAACAGAAACAACUCUCAAUCCGACGAUGAAGCAACAUUCCAACCCAGUGAUAUAUCGACACCGGUAUCGAGCAAACGGAAAUCAGUUGGGAAUACUCCAGCUGCAAACACCACCGUCAACGAAUCAACCAUUUCAAUUCUGUCGAAUUUGUCGGCAAACGAAUCAACUCUAUUGGACCCGCAAAAUCAAACGCCGACGUUGGUUGCCGUUAACGUUGUGAAUCCAUUACACGGUGCAACAAUAGUCAACGGUGUUAUUCAAGUGCCCCAACACCAACAGAUUUUGAUACAAAUUCCAACAAUCGAUAUAUUGAAGAUACAGGCACAACAACAGCAGGAAUGUGAAAAAGUUGCACCCAGUGCUGAUUCACUGGUUAUGAAUGGCAACUUGGCCGGUAAAUCUUCUCUGUACCAACAGAAAUUGUUCCGGGAUUUAAAAACGAACUCGCCUGUCGUGAAACCAUUAGACGUAACACCUGGAGGAUUCACGCAGCAUCAACGCGACAUUCUCGAUCAACAACUUCGUAUGCACGUACAAUUUGCGGCACAGAGUUACCUUCAAGUGUACGGUAACCCCGGUAAUAAUGUGUGGAAGCAAGCACCGAAAUUCAAAUCAUUUCUGAAUGAACUAGAUGACAUAACUAGCGGUACAUCGAUUAAAAUUGAAAAUCUACAGCCGGCAUUAAAUGUGAUAAACAAGUGGGAAGAGGAUUUGAUGCAACCGGACACAGAUGAUAACAAGGAAUAUGUUGAAUUCCUGCUCGGCGAAUCGACAAAAUCACAAAAGGCAAUUCAGACAAAGACUACGUACAUACCGAGAUUUUCUAAACGCAUGAUGGACGCUGUUGUGAACAGUGUUGCUUUUCCGUAUCCGCAUUUAUUGCCAGCAAUACCGUUUCGUAUGGAUUUUAACAACAAGAGAUCUUUGAGUGAAUUCAUUCCGAUGGAAGAUUAUCUAAUUGCAUUCCAUCUGGAAAAAAUUGAAGAAGAAUAUCGCGAAGAACGGAUACGCAACCGUCUUGGAUCUAGGAGUAAGGCAAUCUCAUUGGAACGAGUGUGUGAUAGAAUAUGUUCGCGAAUGUGUCCGUUUCGAUUAUCCGAUUCAAAGAAUGCUAUGUAUCGAUAUGUUGUACGAAGGAAAUCAAAACCGAAAGUUUACAAUCCAAUUCAGUACUUCUUCGAACAUAACAAAGCGCCACCAUUCAAACACACCCUGUUCACAUUUGAUCGUAAUAGCCAACGCGCACCGAAGGAGCAUCUGGACGACGACAAAAUGCCGAGUGUCUGGAAGCACCACAUAAAUCAGCUCAUAACCGACGAGAAUUCGAAACAUUUACAAAUACAACGCAAACAUUCGAAACCCGUUCAAAGAGUGAUACCACAAGUCCGAAGUAAAACGGUUGAUGAUUCAAACGUAAUUGUCUCACAAUCAUCCCAAACCAAAAUUACAACUGACUCUCCUGCUGACGCUCCUGCUGACGUUACUGCUGACGUUCCUGCUGGCGCUCCUGCUGACGUUACUGCUGACGUUCCUGCUGACGUUCCUGCUGACGUUCCUGCGGACACUACAAACAACUCACCAGUAAAGAGUACAGUACAACCUAAACCAAUUUUCAUAUUGAGAUCCAAAAAUAAGAAAGCGAACGGCUCUGUGCCAAUUCAAUACGAAAUACUUCAAGUGGAUCCAGAUCAAUUAGCUAGUGUAGAAGGACAUAUUGAUGCAGCAGAUGGUUUUGCAGAGAAACCAGUUAGUGAAUGUUCGAAUGGAGUGAUAAAACGGAGUAAGAACUCAAGUGCAUUGACACGCGAAAACUUAAAAAAACAUUUGCUGGAAGUUCGGACUAACAUUAAACCGGCGCUGACCCAAAAAUUAUCUCAAAUUGUUGGCUGUUUGCAAGGAAAUUAUUUCAAGUUAAAUUCAAACAUAAACAGAAGCAAAAAUCUACUGGCUGUCCGCGCUUCAGUGCGGAGUUUCAGCAUUUAUAUGAUUUUCGCGAAAUUCGAUUUGGAAAUGGCAAAUUUUUUUAAACGAUUGGGUAAAGGAGACGAAAUAAAAAGCAAAUCGAAGUUAGUGGAUGAUGUUGCAGAACCAACAGAUUGCACUAAUACCGCAGGCAGCGCUACCGUAAAUGCUAUAACGAAAAAAAAUCCGAAAGCACAGCGCAGUGAUAAUACAAGACUGAUGUUACUACCAGAGACUAAGGAAGAUAUUAAUGAAAAGGAUCUCGUUUAUGCUCAAAAUUUUAUGGACAAAGUCGAGGAAGUCUAUGCGGCAGAAAAUAAAAUGGAAAAAGUUACUGAAUUUCUGCACAUUCUGCAGACGUUCAAUCAAUCAACGGACAAAGUCGAAGAAUUGUAUUACAAAAUGGAGCAAUUAUUUUUGCCCGAUCAUCCUGAACUCGCUGAACUAUUCCUAACUUUUUUGUUGCCCGGACAUGCAGCACAGAUUGGAAAAUUCAUGGAGCAUUUCAUGCUGACGAAUAUGAACAAUUUCAUCAACAAAUUGAACAUUUAUUUCAACAAGCAACCAGCUCAAAUUCGAAAGAUCAUGACUUGUCUGCGAGACUUGUCCAACGAGGACGACCUAAAAUUGGAGCAGAUCAAAAUGAAAAUUUUUCCAUUGCUGAAGGGAAAUCCUCUCCUAAUCGAAUGGUUCAAGCAAUGUUUUCCCAAUGACACAACGGGUGACUGCCCGGGUGAAGAAUUCGAAUCUUUGAGUUUUUACAGAGCCGAAAAUGCUCAUCAAACCGACGAUGAGAAUGACGUUUAUGAAAAUGUGAAUCAAAGCGAAAUAAUUCCAGACCCGGUUGAUAAUCCAUGCCACAUACGUUAUUUAAAUGGACGGGUGUACUAUGGGAGUAGAAUCUUGUUGCCGGCAAAAUUAUCGUUUUUAGUUGUAACGGCAAGCGAUCAAAAUGCCAUCAAUGAAGUGGCUAAAAGUGAACCGAAUCAUUCGAAGCCCAAAGAUAGCAGUGCUGAGGUAAAUGAAACAGAUUAUCGAUGCGUUCAUAGCAUCAAACAGUAUGGCGAUAACAAGAUGAAAGAGUGUCAGAAGAAUCAAUUGGAAACACCGGAAAACUCGAUCUGUGAAGAGGUUGAUAAUGAUAAAUCGACCGACGAACAAAAUUGCAGUGAUGUCACUGAUGAUGCGGAACCUCAAACAUCAGAGUCUUGUGUUCAAAAUGACGAGAAGAUUUUGAGCAGCAGCGCUGAAUCUCUAGACAUUUCGCCAAACACCUGCGAUGAUCUAACAUUGAAAGCGCAUGGGAUUCGGUUAAAUCCGACGGUACAUCAAUCGAAUGUCAUCAAGUCCGAAGAUCUUUUGUGUCUUCUAGAUCCAAUUGACGAUGUCGGAGAGAAGGUUUCAGAAGAAUCUCUAAAAAAUUCGCCGAAAAAGCACACAGCACGAGCGCAUCGCAAAUCCCCGAACGCGAAAAAACCAACCAAACGGUCACCCGUCAACAGUAAAAAACCCCAACAAGGAGCCAAUGUAUCUGCAGAAGAUUCGAAUGCCAUCCGCACGGCGAAGCGACUAAAACGUUUAAUUGAAACCGACGAUGGCGAUGAGCCUGAGCGAUUGGCUAAAAAGACGAAAUUACCGAAAUGCACUAAAGCCUCUGCCGAUACUAGUAAAAACCGUAAAAAUAAACUUUCGUCUAGUGAUGAAGUCCCGGCAACGGCCAGUGCAAAGACUGAACCAAGCACAUCAGCAGCUGAAACGUCAACAUCAUCGACCGGAUUGACUGCUUCAACUACAUGGUCGAGAGAUGAAGACAAACUUGUUCUGGAACAAAUCAAAAUGGGAUUCACAAACGAAGAAAAUCUGGUGCAGACGUUGCACACAAAAUUACCGAACAGAAGCUACAGUGAAAUCUUUGAACGGUUCACGUUUUUAAUGGAUAUUAUAGCUAACUUAUAAUUGUACAGUGGGCGUAAAUGUUAAUUUAAUUUAAAGUAAAAUGAAUUUAUUUCACAUGAAA